UCCAUAAUCAACAAAACGAAGUGGAAGAGCAGUCCACAACGGAAUAACAAAGGCGAGAAGAGCAGCAGCGGCUGAAGGUGUGCUUUUCUGCGUUGGCCCCGGGGUUAUUCCCCCAAUUCCGUGUAGUUCACGCUCGAGAAGAAUCGCGAGAAAAGUAAAAUCGAACCGGCAACCAUCCAGCUCCCUGCCAUCACCGUACACCGUUCGCAGUACCUAGUCGAUACCAAGUGUCUCGGUCCGCCGCCUGUUCGGGGGAUCCACACGGGGAGCCUGAUCCGAUCCGGGCCAACAUAGCCCAACCGGGCGAGGGUACAGCAAUGUUUAGGCGGCGUGCGACGAAAUCGGCCACCAUGCACCAGCAGCGCUCCCGGUACCGGUUCCUGCCCGCCGUGGUUCUGCUGGUGCUCGCCCAAUGGUGUCUGCUAGAUGCGGUCGUUACGGCCGAAUCGACCGACAUCGAGCUCGAUGCGAAGGCAAACAAAAUCCAUCAGAUCGAUUCGCUCAAUCUGUUGCUUUACACCUUCCUGCUAACUUUGACGGUGCUAACGAUAUGGCUGUUCAAACAUCGGCGCGUCUCCUGGCUCCAUGAGACGGGGCUGGCCGUGAUUUACGGCCUCAUCGUGGGAGCCAUCAUCCGCUAUGCCGGCACCACCACGCCAAUCAUACACGUUUCGGUGGAAGCGGAACCGGAUGCCAAGUUCAACCAGAGCCUCCCACCGGACACGCUGUGGCUCAAGUUUCCGGGCAAUCUUCCGCACGGUUCCGACCAGCCGGUAAAGGCGAACAAAACGUACACGUACAGCUUUCGGGGCGAGCUGGGCAAUGUGGAGGAGAACGAGAUCGACCUGAAAGCCACCUUUGAUCCGGAAGUGUUCUUCAACAUCAUCCUGCCGCCGAUCAUUUUCCACGCCGGGUACAGCUUGAAGCGGAAAUACUUUUUCCGCAACCUUGGUGCUAUUUUGAUGUUUGCCAUCAUCGGCACCACACUGUCGGCGUUUUUGAUCGGUGCGCUGAUGUACGGUUUCGUGCAGCUGAUGCCGAAGCUCAAGUCGAGCUUCACCUUUCUGGAUACGCUUUACUUCGGGGCACUGAUUUCACCGACCGACCCGCUUACGAUAUUGGCCAUCUUUAGCGAUAUGCAUGUGGACGUGAAUCUGUACGCGCUCGUGUUCGGCGAGAGUGUACUGAACGAUGCCGUUGCGAUCGUUCUAAGUGGCGCUAUCCAAAACUAUGGCGAACAUUACUCGAGCAACGGCGAGUUUGAAGGGCACGCGUUUCUCCGCUCGUUGGGCGAUUUCUUCAGCGUGUUCGCCUUCUCGCUGCUGAUCGGCGCCUCGAUGGGUUGCGUGACGGCAAUGAUGACCAAGUUCACGCGGAUACGAGACUUUCCGCUGCUCGAGUCGGCCCUGUUUGUGCUGAUGUCGUACAGUACGUUUUUAAUCGCCGAAGCGGCCGAGCUAACGGGAGUGGUCGCGGUACUGUUCUGCGGCAUCUGCCAAGCGCACUACACGUACAACAAUCUGUCCGAUGAUUCCCGUACGCGCACGAAGCAAAUAUUUGAGCUGCUUAAUUUCCUGGCCGAAAACUUCAUCUUCUCGUACAUCGGCGUGUCCAUGUUCACCUUCCCGAAGCACCACUUUGAUCCGCUGUUUAUUUUUACCGGUUUUAUGUGUGCGGCUAUAGGGCGUGCUGUAAAUAUUUAUCCCCUGUCAGCCCUACUAAAUAUAGCUAGAAAGCCAAAGAUUUCGUGGAACUUCCAGCACAUGCUGUUCUUUGCCGGCCUACGAGGUGCCAUGUCAUUUGCACUGGCGAUUCGCAACACGGUCUCCGACGCAAGGCAGGCAAUGUUAACGACCACGUCGCUCAUUGUCAUUACGACCGUGAUCAUCCAGGGUGGGGCAGCAAACUUUCUGCUCAACUGGUUAAAUAUUCCUGUUGGUGUUGAUGACGAAACAGAAGUACUACCCUACCAAGGCGUCCGAAGUGUGUACAAUUCGAUGGAGAACACAGCUGGGUCGAUCGACGUUGGUUUAAACCUUAGCCAACUGCAAGUUAAUAGGAGGGCAAGUUCUCUGGAUUUGGAAAAUCCCGACAGUGAGGGUGCCACCACACCGGGAGGCACAAGGAGAGGCCACGAAAAGGCCGUUUUAGCUCGGCUGUGGGGCAAUUUCGACUCAAGGUACAUGAAACCCCUGCUAACCCACUCGCGUCCAACAUUGCUCGAGACGCUACCCGUUUGCUUGAGCCCGCUGGCUCGUCUGCUUACCACCACCGAACAGCUAACACAGGACGGGCCAACGCGUCGCUCGGACUCCGAUUCCGAUCUGUGCAUCGACGACGAUGAUCGUGCGUCGCGCGGCGGUCCCGCCGACGGUACCGGCCGAAGGAAUUCAAUCAAUCGCGUAAGUAUACGCCUCGUUUCGGACGAUCGCAGCACGAUAUUUGCAAGCUAUAAAAACCGCGACUAAAAAGCAUCCGUUGCGCGUGUAGUGUGCGCAUAAGAGCAGAUGAGCUUGUGAAAACUAAACCCACUCACACUCGUAGGGAACAAAUGCAUUUUAGUGUUUUGUAGUAAAGGAAGAAAGGAGGGGGUUGUUGAGUAAGGAAUUUUAACAUAGCAUCUUCUGCUCUCUAUCUCUCAUUAACCGCGGUUGGCAAAAGUAAAAGAAAAUGCAUGAAAUAGUUCUACUAGUACUAAUACUAACUCAUAAAUACACAUAAACACACUCACAUUCACACUCCCCAUCCCCUAAGGGUACGUAUAUAAGCAUUAGAAGGAAGAAGCGUACAGUAAUUAAAAAUUAUGCGGUCGUGCCUCGCUUGCGGUAUGCGCAUUUGCCCGUAAGCGUGUUUUUUUCUUGUUUUGUUUGGUGAGUGUCUCGGGAUUAUUGUUAGAAAAAAGGUGUACUAAUGGGUUAAACCCCUAUUACUAUAACGGUGGUAUUUAUCUUUGUCUAGUCAAAUGGGAACGUUUAGUUUAAAAAGGAAAACGGUGUAGCAAUUUACUUUUUCUUAGCAGGAACAUAAAAUAAGCAAAAUAAUUGUAUAAUUGUGCAUAAAACAGAAGCGUGUGUAGCGUAGAUGAGGCUACCCUCAAGUGAGGUGUCCCUAAAGACUGGCCGUUUAAGGAAUGAAUGGUGAUAGAAAUUUUCUGCCAGUUUUUAUACCGCUAGGGGCCUAUAUAUUGGGUCGCAUUAUAUUGAAUUAUUGAACCUUACACAGAGAGAGAGAGUUGAAGCAGAUCAUCCAGUGGGCAGACGCAUAGAUUACAUUCCAUGUUAAUGAAUAAUGUGAAUUGUUGGUGCAGCAUAGCGUGUGUACGUCCAGAGAAAGGCCACCAGUAGAAGAGUAACGAUUAGUUUUCUUAUCCUGUAUGAUCUACUUACCAUUAACCGUUGAUUUCGUUGAUUGUGAUCUAAAUAAUGUAUCCCUAUUUUUUGCAUGCAUGCGCUUACCUACGUAACCUACGACCCCUUUUCACGACCCCCUUUGACCCAAACCUCCGCGUCUGUGCGUGAUUCAACUGUGUGUAAUUGUUCUUACUAUUGGGUGUCACACGUCCCGUAUGUAUUGGGUGUCACACGUCCAAACAAAUCAUAAUUUUCUUUCAACUCGCAACAACAACAACAACAAUUGAAACAAAACCAACAAAUCAAUACACACGCACGUACUCUCUUCCGCCUUGUGCUAUAAUUUCCCCACAAUCUAUUACUAUCGACAACAAUUGCCACCGACCACUGUCCAACUACUACAACUGCUACAACUACUACUACUACUACUACUACUUCGACUACUUUUUCGUCUGGCGAACUCCCGUUUUGGCCAUCGAUUUCUCACACGAACAUAAACUAAUCACUAAACCACCAAUACUACAACACCCCCGUGCAGCGACAGCAACAUUCCGAUGCGGCACACGAAGCUAACGAUGCGAUCAACAUACUGAGUAGUUUGGGAUCUAAUUUUAUGUGAAAUAGUAAACCACCAUCCGGUUACUGCUGGUAUUUGGCGUAUGUUUGCAAACAAAACGGCGUUAAACAUAUAUAUAUGGGGUUAUGCUUUGUUUUAGCUAAUUUUCUUUUUUACUAUAUUUAGUUUUGUUUCGGUUGCAUGUUCUCUUUCUUUUUUUCUAAAUUGCAUUUUUAUUUCAAUGUUUUCAACAACAUUUUAUACACUCUCAUCCUGUUUUUUCGUAUAUUAAUUGGCAUUGUAACGUUUAUUCUUACGUUUGUUUGUUUUUCUUUUGUUUCUUUCCAUUUUUAUAUGACUCUUAUCUCGUCUCUUUUUGGUGCGUUCGUUGGUGUGCAGCAGAAACGAGUUGUUUAAGCUGAUUAUUGGCCCUGCUCCCUAGUUUUCCUUCCCUCUCUGUCUCUCUCCCCCAACCCAACGAAUUGAUUUGCUCAACAGAUGUGUGAACACAGGUGUGAACGUCAAAAGUGAAACGAGCAAAACUCGAUAAAAAAAAACGCGUUAAUGUUUUGCCAUAGGGUUUUAUUGUGUUUUUUUCUUCUUUGGUAUUAUUUAGCAUAAUUUUAAGCUCACAAAAUUACACUAUCCUGUUAUUUAGUGUUUUAGAUUCGAUGUUUUUUUUUCGUUAUUGGGGUGUAUGAGUUUUUUCCUGGUUAAUUGUUUGGUCAGCAAGGAACAACAACAAUACAACGACCCUUCCGUU